GAGGUGCCCAGGGCCCCUGGGGGACCAUGAGGGCCACCAUAAAGAGACACAGUGAGGCAGACGUGGAGGAGCAGACACAGGAGCUGAAGACCAUCACUCGACUCCAGGAGCAAUGUCGGGCGCUCCAGAUCCAGGGGGCGAGAGAGAAGUCAGCCCAAAACAAGGCUACGCUGGCCCUCCUGCGCAGCAACCUCCGCCGCGGGGCCCAGGACUGGGCUUUGGCCAAGAAGUGCGACCAGUGGACCGUGUCCAGGGCGUGCGGGAAGGACGCGCCCCUGAGGCUGGCGCACUGCCGCAGCACGGUGGAGGUGGCGCGGGAGAGGCUGCGCAAGUACGUCUUCGACCGCGUGAACGUGCACAACGUGCUGAUCCACCUGGUGCGGCGGCGCGGGCAGAAGCUGGAGAACAUGCAGCUGGAGCUGGCCGGCUUGCGCGGCCAGCCCGACGCCAGCAAGGAGGAGCAGCGGCUGCUGCAGGUCAUCCGCCAGCUGGAGAACAACAUCGAAAAGACAGUGGUCAAGAUCACCACGAGCCAGCACGUGCAGCUGCUGUACGUGAACCUGCUGAACUACCUGAAGCAAGUGCUGGUGGGAUACCCCACAGAGCUGGACAAGCUGCAGAAUCUCGUGGCCGACUACUGCUCUGAGCUGUCGGAUAUGACGGUCAUGUCCCAUGACGCCAUGAUGAUCACAGAUGAGGUCAAGAGGAACAUGAGGCAAGGGGAGGCGUCCUUCAUCGAGGAGCGCAGGGCGCGGGAGAAUCGGCUCAACCAGCAGAAGAAGCUGAUCGACAAGAUCCGCACCAAGGAGACCAGUGAAAAGUACCGCCGGGGCCAGAUGGACUUGCACUUCCCUUCCAACAUGAUGAGUACGGAAACCCUGAGAGUGAGGAAAAAAGAAACCUCUGUGGCUGACAUUGAAUACCAGACGGGUGUGACUGCUUUGGUGGACAAAGUCAAGACUGCUGUGCAGUGCUCCCACCUCUGGGACAUCGCCAGCCGGUUCCUGGCCCAGAAGAACACAGAGGAGGACCUGGAGCUGCAGAUGAAGGACUGUGAGGAGAGGCGGAGGCAGCUGGAGGCCCUGGCCAAGAAGCUGCAGCUGGAGGAGGCGGUGCUCAAGUUCCACCAGAUGCCUGGCUCCAUCAGCUUUAAGUCCCUUGAGAAGAAGAUGAAGGACAUGCUGAAAGAGGAAGAGGAGAGGCUCCAGAUGGCCCACGCCAACCUGACCAAGAGCCAGAAACUACUGCUGACCAUCCAGAUGGGCAUCGACAACCUCUACAUCCGGCUGGUCGGGGUGGUCCUGCCUUCUGGCCAGAGAGAAGUGGUGCUCCCCGACACCCUCGAUUUGUACAGCAAGCUGGCGUACUGCGAGGGGAGGCUCACGUGGCUGGCCGACCGAGUGCAGGCCAUGUCCAGAACGGAGGAGGUCAACACGAAGGUGAGGGACGCCCUCGAGUCCUCCACGCUGAAGGAGAAGCGCAACACCAGGAUCAGCUUUGAGGACUUGGAGGAAGGUAUGAUCGAGACCUUCCAGUUCGCCGACGUGGACCACAGCUACGUGCCCUCGCGCGCCGAGAUCAAGAGCCAGGCCCAGCGGCUGAUCGAGGGGAAGCUCAAGGUGACCAAGAAGAAGAAGAAGUAGCCCCGCCCGCCCCGCUUUGUUACACAAAUAAACAUUUUUCCAGGA